UGCAGUUCGUUAUCAUUCUCUUCAAUGCCUCUCCGGUGGUGUUAAAAGUGAUUUAUUAUCGAUUUUGUUCGUCGGAUGAUGACCACCGCUGUUCAGCCGUCAGAUACAACUGGAUUCGGCGGAGGACCCGCUGGAUCAAGAGCUUCGGAUCUUAUUCAGUUCCAAGAAAUUAUGUCCGAAUCGGCCGAAUCCUCUUCGUCAUCUAGUCAAACGAAUGUUAGCGCCGCGAACACAUUGCCACGUGAAAGUAAUGGACAGAAUUACGCUGACGAUCCAUCACAUGUGUAUACAAAUAUCAGAGAAAUCGAAGAAUUAAACAGCUUCAGCCGACCGGUUCCACCGACUCCGCGAGCCGACGCGCAGCCCCGUAGAGAUCUUCUAAAUGGUUGGUUUGAAUACGAGACCGACGUCGGACGGACAUUUUUCUUCAAUAAAGAAACUGGAAAAAGUCAAUGGAUUCCACCGAGGUUUAUCAGAACACCCGCACAAGUUCAGGAAUUUCUUCGUGCAACAAGAACGAAUCUAGAUACUACAUGCAGUUUUCAAGGAUCCUCGACAUCUUCAUCAGAAGAACAAAAAGAGAACAAAAUGCGUGAAUCUUUAGCUGAUGACGACAGAAAAAGUCAAUUGAUAGAAGAUGAAGAAGUGUUUGAUGAAGUUUGCGAUGACGUGGAUGAACAAUCAUCACCUGUAAUUGAUCUUCAAUCACGGCCUCUUCCAAUUCCAUUCUCUGACAGUUUUACGGAUGAUGAAGAUGAAGAUGAUGUGAAACCUAUAGAAGGAUCCAUAGCUUCAGAUUCCGAUUUUGACGAAGAACCUGUUCCAACAUCAUCAAGAAAAGCUUCUACAGCAUCCGGAGUAAUGAUGCCACAUCCCUAUGCACAUGUUUCUUCGUUUCAAUCAACGUUUCCAAGGGCCAAAAAUGAAGACACUGACAAAUUGGCUUCGUAUGUGAUUCCCCCAGAUGCCAAUGAAACAUCAAAAACUCCCACCGCAAUCCGUGUCCGUCGUCCAUCUCCGACGAACCUAAGAUCGGUCUCAUUUCAGAACAAAUGUACAGUUCUAAAAAAUGUUCCAAUGCCACAAGUGCUGCCGACAACCUCAUCAAGUUUCGAUCACCAUCCGCAAUAUCACUCUAAUACGCCGGAUCGGCCGAUCCUUAUGGAAGAUUCUGCCGAUUUUACACCAUCAUCACGAUGUGAAGAACGUCGAGGUAGUGGUGAUGGACGUGAACCUGUUCGAACGAUUCGAUGCGGUGAUUUGGAAAGAAGUGAAAAUGAUGAACCAGCAGAGAAAGUUGUAAAGCCAAAAAAACGUGAAUGGAUCACGAACUACAUGUAUUUAACAACGGCUCAUCUCAUUUUGUAUAAAGACCAAAAAAGUGCAGAGAAACACGGAAAACAUUAUGAUGCUCCACAAGGAGUAUGGGAUUUACGAGGAGCAAGUGUGACAUGGUAUCAAGACAAUCGGGAUGUACAAAAGAAGAAACAACGGAAAUAUAUUCAAUUAGAGCUGUGUAACACGAAGAAAUACCUGUUACGAGGUCCCAAUGACACGGAAGCCGUCGAAUGGUACAAGUCACUGGAAGAAGUUGUCGCAAAGCUUCCGUCUCCUGGCUCUUCAAACCAACCGAUGAUUGAUGUAACAAAUGGCGUUGCUCGUAAUCCGUCAUACAUUGGCAGCACGCGUCCACUUUCCCAUGCAUUAAUUCCAAUAAGCCGAAGUAUGCGACGACGUGAUGAUCCAAUGUCACAAUCUGCAAUUGAAACGGUAUCGACAAGUGUAUCAACUGAUGAACCAAGACCAUCAAAAGAGACGAUCAUUGAGAAGUUGAGAAGAUUCUUCCGAACACGCCCUACAGUGGAAAGUCUUAAAGAGAAGGGAAUAUAUAAACCUGAACCAGUAUUCGGAUCAACUCUUUCUGCAAUCUGUCAACAUGAAAACUCGUUGGUACCGAAGUUUAUUAGAGUUAUCACUGAAGUUAUUGAGAGUAAAGGAUUGGAGACAGAUGGAAUUUAUCGAGUGAGUGGAAACCUGUCCGCAGUCCAAAAAAUUCGAUGUCAAGCUGAUCAAGACAAUUAUAAAGCUCUUGUGUCUGAAGAAGAUAUUCAUGUUCUUACUGGUGCUCUUAAACUCUUUUUCCGAGAGCUAACCGAUCCACUUUUCCCAAUUUCUCUUCAUAAGGAAUACACAUCAGCUAUGCAAAUGCCCAACGCGACCACUCGUUUCAAAAAAUUCGAAGAACUUCUAAGUCGACUUCCAAACGAGAAUCGUGAAACAUUGAAAAUGUUACUUCGUCAUUUGAAUCGUGUAGCCUCGCAUUCAUCACAAAAUCGAAUGCAACAACAUAAUCUUGCUAUUGUUUUUGGUCCAACACUAUUCCAUAAUGGUGAUGGAGCCGUGAAUUUGGCAACCAAAAAUAAGAAAGCUGGAAAGAAGGCGAAACCUUCGAAAAAGGAAGAAACUCAAGCAACUCCUGUCCAAUCGAAUUCUCAUCUCGCCUUCUCAAUGAUUAUGCAAUCCCAAAUUGUUCAAUAUCUUCUCGAAUCGGCCAACAAAUUUGAUAUUCUCAAAGCUCCAGUCAAUAUUGGACGAUAAUCUAUAGAUUUUUCAAAUUUUCCAAAAGAGUUGUGACCUUAUUUCUCACCGUUUCACUUUGGGUGUUUUAUCGCCGAAAAAUGGGUAUUACUUUUAUCGUUUUCUCUUAUUUUCUUUCUACUUUUUUUUCCUUGACUUUCGGGAUUUGAUCAAUUAAUGUUGUAAAUAUGUACUGUAAUAUUCAUUUUCCUCAACACAUUUUCAGUAUGCUAGUCUUUUUUUUUCAUCCGUUUACUUAUUACAGUCUUCUCCUUUUACGCUUUAUUCUUUUUUUAUGUUGUAUUUUCAAUCUUCCUACGCUCAAACAAGAUGAAUAAAUUGUGAUAAUUGU